CGACUAGUCCCUAACCUAAAAGGGGAAAAUCCCGUUUGCGUAAAGAAGGGGUGAUUCCAUUUCACAUGGCAAUUUUUAUGUGUCGUGCGUCCCGACGAGUUGGUCGUUUUAAAAAUUGUGCCAUGUUUACGUUGACGGACGGCAUAGGCCAUCUUUGUUGUUCUACUAAUCACAGGAAUCGAUGAAGUGGUGGGGGGGAACCAUUGGUGGAUCCGCAAAACGUUUCGUUUUGUCUUUCACGGAACGUAAAGUUUAUACGAAAAUGUCCGUUUCGAAUUAUUUUCCUACCUACUCUGUCCGAUGGUAGUUUUGACGGGUGCGCUGCUGUCACGGCCGACCGACCCAUUAUUUAUUUAACAAAUGCUGAUUUUCGAGGCAGGUAAAGUGCGUUCUGGACAAGGUACUUUUACCCAACCACCGUACGAAGUUUCGUGACUUAUGUUGUUGCUGCUGCCGCUGCUGAACCAGUGCCCUGUGAUGUGAACGAGACUGAAUUAAGUCCGUUGUGUUUUUCGCGAUCCAAGCAUGAACGAUCGGUUGUAUGUUAUUCAUCCGGGAAUUAUGCUUUAGAAGAGUGUCGUCAAAAUGACUACAAAGGUGGAAAAGCCAUGUAAUGGUUCUGUUAAGAGCAGUCCUGGUAGCUCUAAAGGUUCUCCAGUAAAGUGCAACAAUUUCAUUUACAAAGAGGAAAUUUUCGAAUUCGAAGUGCCCCCGGAAGCACCUGUUUUUUAUCCGACCGAAGAGGAGUUUAUGGACCCACUUGCUUAUAUUAGCAAAAUACGACCGACCGCCGAAUGUACGGGAAUAUGCAAAAUAAAACCACCUUCGAAUUGGCAACCGCCAUUUGCAGUGGACGUCGACAAACUGCGAUUCACUCCCAGAAUCCAACGGCUCAACGAAUUAGAAGCCAAGACCAGAGUGAAACUGAACUUCCUCGAUCAGAUAGCCAAGUUCUGGGAACUGCAGGGCUCCUCCCUGAAAAUACCGAUGGUGGAGAAGCGGGCGUUGGACCUCUACACGUUGCACCGGAUCGUCCAGCACGAGGGCGGCUUCGAAUGCGCUUCCAAGGACAGGAAAUGGUCCAAAAUUUCUAUUAGGAUGGGCUAUCCGCCGGGCAAGAGCAUAGGAACGAUACUCAAGACACAUUACGAAAGGCUGCUAUAUCCGUUCGACGUUUUCAAACAAGGGAAAACCCUGAACAUUAAACUCGAGGAGAAUGGGGACGAACUGGAGAAGGCUGACAAGGAUUACAAACCACACGGGAUCGUGGGGAGGAUGGCCAUCAAGCCGCCGCCGGAGAAGAACGCCAGACGCUCCAAACGUUUCGAGAACGAUGACACUAAGACUGAUGUAAGUAUAAUCUUCAUCUCUUGCAACAAGAGUGUGAAGUAUUUUCUUGUUUCUCAGAAUUUAGCUAUUAAGGUUAAUGAUGAAAAGGAAGAUCCGGAUGAUUUAGAAAAUAAGGAACUGAAACGUUUGCAGUUUUAUGGCGCUGGACCCAAAAUGGCCGGAUUCAACGAGAAGGACAAAAAAGAGACGCCCAAACCCAGGAGUAAAACCGUCAAUUACGAAUUCGAUCCGCUGGCAAAAUACGUUUGCCACAAUUGCAACAAAGGUGACGCCGAAGAGUACAUGCUGUUGUGCGAUGGAUGCGACGACAGUUACCACACGUUCUGUUUAAUACCACCCUUGGGGGAGAUCCCCAAAGGCGACUGGCGUUGUCCGAAAUGCGUGGCCGAAGAGGUGUCGAAGCCGAUGGAAGCGUUCGGCUUCGAACAGGCCCAGAGGGAGUACACGUUGCAGCAGUUCGGCGAAAUGGCGGAUCAAUUCAAAUCUGAAUAUUUCAACAUGCCUGUACAUAUGGUUCCGACGAGCACGGUCGAAAAGGAGUUUUGGCGGAUCGUUUCGUCGAUCGAUGAGGACGUGACGGUCGAGUACGGCGCCGAUUUGCACACCAUGGAUCACGGCUCCGGAUUUCCCACGAAGACGUCGAUGAACUUGUUCCCGGGUGAUAAGGAAUACGCCGAUUCCAGCUGGAAUUUGAAUAAUCUUCCCGUUUUGGAGGGUUCCAUACUUGGGUACAUUAACGCAGACAUUUCCGGAAUGAAGGUUCCUUGGAUGUACGUUGGAAUGUGCUUCGCCACAUUCUGCUGGCACAACGAAGAUCACUGGAGCUACUCGAUAAACUAUCUACAUUGGGGCGAAGCCAAGACUUGGUAUGGCGUGCCCGGUAGCAGGGCCGAAGCUUUCGAGGAGACGAUGAAAUCGGCGGCACCGGAGUUGUUCCAGUCGCAGCCCGAUCUGCUCCAUCAGCUCGUCACCAUCAUGAAUCCCAACAUAUUGAUGAGAGCCGGCGUUCCGGUUUACCGGACCGAUCAGCAUGCCGGAGAGUUCGUUGUCACGUUUCCAAGGGCUUAUCAUGCAGGGUUUAACCAAGGGUACAAUUUUGCUGAAGCGGUAAACUUCGCGCCCGCGGAUUGGUUGAGAAUGGGUAGGGAGUGUGUGUUACAUUACUCACACCUCAGACGGUUCUGCGUGUUCUCGCACGACGAGCUAGUUUGCAAGAUGGCUCUAAACACCGAAAAAUUAGAUAUAACUAUUGCCGCGGCUACUUACCAAGAUAUGCUACAGAUGGUCGACACCGAGAAGAAGCUGAGGAAGAACCUAUUGGAUUGGGGUGUAACUAACGCUGAACGAGAAGCCUUCGAAGUUCUUCCAGAUGAUGAGAGACAAUGUGACGUCUGCAAGACGACGUGUUUCUUAUCUGCCAUGACGUGUUCCUGUAAUCCAAAUUUACUUGUUUGCCUGAGGCAUUAUAAGAACCUUUGCGAAUGUCCACCGAGUAAACGAACGCUACGUUACCGCUACACCUUGGACGAGCUACCGGUAAUGCUCAAGUCUUUGAAGCUGAAAGCUGAAUCGUUCGACAAUUGGGUCAGCAAAGUGAAAGACGCGUUGGACCCAAAAACACCAAAGACCAUGAAUUUGUCUGACCUUAAGGAUUUACUAAGUGAAGCUGAAGGGAAGAAGUUCCCCAAAUCCGACUUACUCCUUACCUUAACUAGUGCAGUUGAGGAUGCUGAAAAGUGCGCCAGUGUAAUACAUCAAUUGGACCUCAAUAAAAUGAGAACUCGAACCAGAAAUUCAUCUGAUACAAAGUACAAACUAACUGUGGAAGAGUUGACGCUCUUUUGCGAAGAAAUAGAUAGCCUAGCCUGUACAUUAGAAGAAGCCAAAAGUAUUAGGGAAUUAUUAGAAGAAACUAAGAAAUUCGAAGCCGAAAGUAAUAAACUACUAUCAAUGUCCCUUAGUAAAAUGUCCCUAACCGACUUAGAAACUUGUUAUAACCACGGAAGUGCACUUUGUAUCGAAUUGCCUAGAUUAAAAACGGUCAGUACCAGAAUGAAACAGGUACAGUGGUUGCGUGAUGUGAACACCUACAAAAAGAAGACGGAAGUACUAGGUCUGGAGUCGAUUAAAAAUUUAAUUGAACAAGGCCAACAAUUACCACCCAACCCCGACAUGGAGCUGGAACUAGCCAACUUACAAAAGAUCAUGAUCCAAAGUGAAGAAUGGGAAAGGAAAGCUAAUGAAGUUUUGGAGUCUGAAGACCAUAACGUUCUCAUCCAGGUGGAUAAACUGUUGAAGGAAGCCUCGAAAAUAACCUGUUAUCUUCCAACCGAAGGACACUUGUAUGACUCUAUGAGGAAAGCACGUGACUGGCUAAGAAUGUUGGAGGAAAUGAACUCGGCUGAGUACUACCCUUACUUCAGUGCGAUGGAGGAAUUGAUCCGAAAAGGCCGCAGUCUCACGUUGCACUUGGUUGAGGUGGACAAAAUGAACGAUUACUUGAACUUGGCCACAAUUUGGAAGGACAAGACGAGCAGAGCAUUUCUGCGAAAGAAUUCAUCUUGCACAUUGAUGGACGCUCUGUCUCCCAGGACGCAACCCCCCAACAGUAAGCCAACGAGGAAGAGAACUCAAGAAGAAGAGAACGCCAUUGCUUUAACGAAUACAAUGGAUCCAGCCACUGUUGUGGCCUUGUUCAAGGAAGCCGAAGACACCGAAAUGAAUCUGAUCAAAAAGCUGCGACAAGUCAAUUCGGAAAAGAGCCUAGACCCAGCCGACGGUCACACCUUUUGCCUAUGCAACAGAGGCGUGUCUGGUGUGAUGAUGCGAUGCGAGCUGUGCAAAGACUGGUACCACGCCAGCUGUACGCAACUUCCCAAAGUAGCCACAGCUAAAUUCAAGGGGUCAAGUUUCAACAGCGUGGCCUUACACCUGGGGUCGAAGGAUUGCAAGUUCAUGUGCCCCAACUGUCACAGGACCAAACGCCCCAGACUGGACGUCAUACUGGGGCUGUUGAUGUCCCUACAGAAAUUGUACGUGCGUGUACCCGAAGGCGAGGCGUUGCAGUGCCUCACCGAAAGGGCCAUGAACUGGCAGGACAGGGCGAGGCAACUUUUGACACAUCCCGAAUUGGACUAUGCGAAAAACAAACUUGCCAGCGUCAGCCAGAAGUACUCGGAAGCUAUCGCCAGACAGAGAACGGAGAAAAUAAUUACGUUAGAACUGAAACGGGCUUACAAGAAUCCGGAUCUACAUCAUCGUGUUCAGGAGAUCGCCCAAUAUAGUGGUUUGGUGGACGAUUUGAUGUGCUACGACGGCGGUAUAACGAGCCAAGACUCCGAUGAUGAGGAGAACUGCAGCGACGAUCGCAUGGGUGAGCACGCUUACUCUUUGCACGUGCCGAAGAUGGACGAUGACGAUGAGCACGCCCUUCAUCUGAGUUCGGAGAUUAAGAAGCAAGUAGAGGAGCUGUUGAUAGAGGGUGAUUUGCUGGAGGUGUCAUUGGAUGAGACGGCUGCCCUUUGGAAGGUCAUUCAAGCAUGCAGGGAUCCAGAGAAAGACGUAACUCUAAUUGAUUUUGAUGCCCAAUUAAAGACCACCCCCAAGAAACGUGGCCGCAAACGUUUGUCCGAGGAGGUGGUGACGGAGAAGAAGGGCAUGAAACAGACGAAAAUCGAGGGUGAAAAGAAGAUGCGGGGCAGAAAAGUGAAAGAUACCAAAGAGGAGGGCCCGAAGAAGAAGGGUGGCAAGCGCAGAGGUAGACGACGUCAGUCCACCGGGUCGGAGGACGAAGACGAUGAAAACUGUGCGGCUCCGGGCUGUUUGAAGCCCCUCGGACAAAACGUUGAUUGGGUGCAGUGCGACGGCGGAUGUGAACAGUGGUUCCACAUGGAUUGUGUAGGGCUGUCGGCCGAAGAUAUUAACGAGGACGAGGAUUAUAUUUGUAUGAAUUGUUCGCAGAACAUCAAUUCGGCAGACAGUAGAUCGAAUAGUCCUAUGUCACCGGAUUCUACACAGCCUUCUACAUCAAUGGACGCUUGUUAGUGCGAUCAGUAGUGAUAGGUUCAAUUUUUCUCUAAAACCAUUACAUGAAUGUUGCUUCGCAUAUUUCAUGAGGUAUUAUGGCAAAAUAUUUUGACGGAAAUCAUUGUUCAUGAUUACUAUUAAUUAAUAUUAUGUAAUUUUCGUAUUGAUUAUGUCGUUUAUUAAUUGCAUUAUGAUGUUCUCAAUCUUUUUAUUUAAUUAAUUUUUAUUAUUUGUUAUUUACCUCUGAAAUAUAACUAGUCAAAAUUUGUGUAUUUGGGUUCGAGUUCGGUGACUUGAAUCUGUCUGAUGAUGCCAAAAUCUGACAGAAGUAUUUUAGUAUUAUCUAGCCUAUUAAUUACAUACACAGUUCAUUUGUGAUAAUUUUAAAAAUUAAGAAAUGUAAAAUAUUUUAUUUGUAUCACUUAUUUGUAUAUUCUUUGUGUUACUUUAUUUAUCCUCAUUUUACAUCUUUUCAUUGUACAUAAGAAACCAUGUUUAAAAGAUGCAGAUAAUAUAGAUAUAUUUUUACGUGAACGGUCACAUCCUAACAGUAACAACUUAGUUUUGGUACACUGUGUUAAGUUGUGGUAAUGUAUUCUAUUAUACAUAUAUAGCUAAAUAUAUAGCAUAACAUACUAUGCUUAACAUAUCUUUUUUGUUGUCCCAUGUUUUUAUCAAUUUUAACAAAGAACUUCCCUUUCUUUUUACACAACUAUACAAAGUAUUUAUUAAAGUUACAUAAAAUCAAUUAUACCGAUGUAACUAAUUUUAGAAGGUAUCUUUUAUUUUUUAUAUUUUCUGUACAUGUUAUUUAAUAUUAUCAAAUGUUUUCGAACUUGUCAAUAAAUACAUUUUGCAUAUUUAG